AUGCGUAAAGUUUGCGAACGACGAGACCGUCAUCGUGCGGUUCGUCGGACGAAAACCGGACACGUCGAAUAUCCUAAAUGCUGCGAUGACGAGGAGAGACGCGACGAGCGAAAAAAAAGAAAAAUGAGCGAUAGCGAAACGUCCCGUCCUCUCCGUCCGGACCGUCGUUGCCAGGUUCUACAACAGGUGUGCAGCCGCGCGUGGUUGUCGGUGACGACUGUGCACCACUGCGAUCGCGAUCGCUGCGCGACGGACGACGACGGCGAGGACGACGACCAGGUAUGUAUCCGCGGGAGACGGACAGGUGCACAGGAGGACGGGGCGCAGGACGGCACGGCGCGUGGCGCAGGAAGGCCCGGUGUAGGCGCAGGGCGAGGCGACGGCGGCGCGGUAGCGUCGACGGCGGCGGCGGCGGCGGCGGCGGCGGUGGAGGUAUCUCAGCGCGCCGGACCGCCGGAUAGCAAUGCGCGAUCAUUCAGUCGGUUUUCGUACGCGGAACGCAAUCGACGGACCCCGGCGCGCACCACCGUAGCCGACCACGCACCAGAGAUAAUAUCUCGUUGA